AUGCCAGACACUGGACAGAAGUUCGAUCUGGCCAUCAAGAUGAUGUUUAACUAUCACGUGAACUCCAAUGCUGAUGCGAUACUUCGGGAGAUGGAAAGAGAAACUGUGCCAGCACUUCUCAGCUCUCCUGGUGAACAAGUUACGUGGGAUACUGGCCACAAAGUGCGGAAGAAAAUGUUACCACCACAUCCGAACAUCGUGACAAUGUGGGGAUUGUUUGUGGAUCAGGUGCCAAACCUUCCUGAUAAUGUGUUGAACUAUCCUGCUGCCUUACCGCAGAGAAUCCACGCUGAGGGAAUAGGCAAAAACAUGACUCUGUUUCUCGUUAUGAAGAAGUACCCAACGACCUUGAAGGACUAUCUUUCUGUGGUGAACCUCACUUUGAGAGAGAGGCUGGUUCUGUUGACCCAGUUACUGGAGGGGGUGGCACACAUGGGUGCUCACGGGAUCACCCACAGGGAUAUGAAAUGUGACAACAUCCUACUGGACAUUGACACAGGAUUUGGUUGCUGUCUGGCAGACAACACGUAUGGCCUUGUGCUGCCUUACACCAUUGAUCUUAUAGACAGGGGAGGCAACACUGCUGUCAUGGCACCAGAGAUAGCUACAGCUGAACCUGGCAGAUUCACCCAGUUGGAUUACCGGAAGGCGGACGCAUGGAGUGCAGGUGCCCUGGCAUAUGAGAUCUUUGGGGCAGACAACCCUUUCUACAACACUGGCCAAGGGAGGCUAGACAGUCGCAGCUAUAGGCUGGACGAGUUACCCCAUUUGCCUGAUGAUGUGCCUGCUGUGGUGCAGAGAGUUGUGGCCGCAAGAGAACCAAAAAAGGCAGCAGACAUUCUUCACCUUUUGCUCUGGGCACCUUCCGAUUUGCUGUUGCCAUGCAGCGGGGUUCCAAGGUCAAAGAUCAGGUGGUGGAUGGUCACCAUGGCGACAGAGGUUCACCUGGAGAAGAAGUCAACGCUGCGAGAGAUGAAAAGAUGUUUCCUGGACCACUUGAACAUCAACAGCCUUUUGAAUGCUUUCAGUUACUGUGGAGUGAACAUUAUCAGUAAAUAAAGUUUAAUGACGGUUA